AUGUGUGGAAUUUUGGCAAUUUUCAAUAUAAAAGGAACAUAUAUAGAAGUGCGAACUCUUGCUUAUAAUUUAUCAAAGAGAUAAAGACAUAGAGGACCUGAUAGAUCUAGAAUUAUAAUAAUAGUAAAUUGAUUAUAUAAUUUAUAAAGGAAGCAGGUCCAGAUACAUAUCAUAUACUAGCUCAUGAAAGAUUGAAUAUAGUAGAUUUAAGUGAUAGAGGAAGACAACCGUUUUAAUUAGUAGAUGAUUAAAAUGUCUACUAUAUGUAAAAUGGUGAGCUGUACAAUUAUUGGUCAAUAAAACCAGAAUUAGAAAAAAAAUACAAAUUUAGCAGUAAUUCAGAUUCAGAAAUAGUUGGUAUGCUUUAUAAGGAAGUAAAAGAUUUGGUUAUCAUAAAAGUAUGGUGCAAGUGAUUUUUGGAAUCAUAUGGAUGGAAUGCAUGCAACAAUAGUUUUGGAUAUGAAUAAAAAGACUUAUUAUGCAGGAAGAGAUCAUAUAGGAAUAAUACCUUUAUAUUAUGGAUAUAAUAAGGAUGGAGCAUUGUUUUUGUCAUCAGAAUUAAAGGGAAUUCAUGAUUAAGUAGUAGAAGUGAAAUAAUUCCCACCAGGUUAGAAUUUAUGAUUAUAAAAUAAAAAGGUCAUUAUAUAGAUGAAACUAAUGAAAUAAAGAAAUGGUAUAAUCCAGUUUGGCAUAAUUUUGAUUACAUUCCAACAGGAGAAAUUAAUUUUUAAGAAAUGAGAGAUAGAUUUAUUGAUGUUGUAAGAAGAGAAGUUAAAGGUGAUGCACCAUUUGGUUUAUUUAUAUCUGGAGGGUAUUAAUAUAAAAAAUAAUAAUUUUAGAGUAGAUUCAUCAAUAGUGGCUGGUAUAGUAGCAAAAUUAAUAAAAAACGGAGAAAUUGAUUUGAGUAAGAGAGGAAUGAGAAAAGUUCAUUCUUUUUGUAUAGGUUUAGAAGGAUCUCCAGAUUUACAUUUUGCGAGAAAAGUAGCAGAAUUUCAUGGAUUCGAACAUCAUUCAUUUACUUAUACAGUAGAAGAAGGUUUAGAUUAUAUACCUGAAGUCAUUUAUCAUACAGAAACAUUUAAUAAUACAACAAUUAGAGCUUCAACACCAAUGUAUAUGAUGUGUAGAAGAAUUAAAGCUUUAGGAAUUAAAAUAUGUUUAACUGGAGAAGGUAGUGAUGAAUUAUUUGGUGGUUAUUUAUAUUUUCAUAAAGCUCCUAAUAGAAUUGAAUUUCAUUAAGAAUUAAUAAGAAAAUUGAAUGAUUUACAUAAAUAUGAUCUUUUAAGAGCUAAUAAAGCUUGUUUAGCAUGGGGUAUUGAAACAAGACCACCAUUUAUGAAUAAAUAAUGGAUUGAAUAUGUAAUGUCAAUAGAUCCAAAAUAUAAAAUGAUCAAUGCAUUCUAACCAUAAAUAGAAAAAUAUAUUUUAAGAAAAGCAUUUGAAGAUUUAGAACAUCCAUAUGUUCCAUAAGAAAUAUUAUGGAGAUAAAAAGAAUAAUUUAGUGAUGGCGUUGGUUACAGUUGGAGAGAUGGACUUAUAGAAAGAGCAAAUCAAUUGAUUUCAGAUUAAUAAUUUUAAUAAGCUUCAAUUACAUAUCCAUUAUCAACACCUAGAGAUAAGGAAUAAUUUUGGUUUAGAUAAGUAUAUUCAACAGCUUUUCCAAGUGAUAGUGCUGCUUUAACUGUACCUUAUGCUAAAUCAAUAGCCUGUUCUACUGAAAAAGUAUAUAUUUAUUAUAAACUUUUAAGGCUUUAGAAUGGGAUGAGGCUUUCAAAAAAAAUACUGAUGAAUCAGGAAGAGCUGUUUUAUCAAUACACAAUGAUGCUUUGAAGGAAAUCUUAUAAGAUGAAGAUAAAAUAACAGAUGAAAGCAUCAAAGUAUAGGAUCACUUUUAACUGUGAUAAUCUAUAAAAAUAAGUACAUU